GUUGAAAUAUAUUGGAGAAUUCUGAAGAAUGGAAGAAAUACAGUCUCAAUCAGAUAAUUAUAGGUCUUCCUCAUCUUCAGCAAGUAGUCCUGCUAGUAGGGUGCCAUCAAGUAAUUUCUUCUACUUGCGAAAACCUGGUGCAUUUAGACAACCAAUUUCUUUUGAAGAUUCACCUGUUUGGGAUGAGACGGAUAUAGAGGUCAAAGUCGACGAAGGAGGAGAUUCUAUACAUGCUGCGACUACGCCACCCUCCCCUUCCCUGUCAAAAAUCAAUAGUGGUUCCUUACCCUCUCCUCGUUUACCGGAGGGGACAGUUGUUACAAGGAAGAUUUCAGGGGCUUCUAUUGCUUGGAAGGACUUGACUGUAACUAUAAAGGGAAAAAGAAAAUACUCUGAUAAGGUGGUUAAGAGUUCACAUGGUUGUACAUUACCUGGAACAAUGACUGUAAUCAUGGGUCCAGCCAAGUCAGGGAAAUCAACACUCUUGAGAGCGCUUGCAGGAAGGUUACCUGAUUCAGCGAGAAUGUAUGGCGAGGUGUUUGUAAAUGGAACAAAAAUGCACAUGCCUUAUGGUUCCUAUGGAUAUGUUGACAGAGAAACUACUCUUAUUGGAUCAUUAACAGUGCGUGAGUUCCUAUACUAUUCAGCAUUGCUUCAGCUUCCAGGUUUCUUUUGUCAGAAAAGGAGUGUGGUGGAGGAUGCUAUAGAUGCUAUGUCACUGGGAGAU